AUGGCCAGUUCGAGUAAAGCCACACUAAUCUUACUCAUCUACGGAAUCUUAGUGCACUACAGCGUCUUCUGCACUCCCCUAGGACUAAGUUACCCUAAAAUCAGACUAGACAACGACGCCUUCGAUGAGGACGGGAACACAAUAUCGGACAUGGGUUUUGACACGGACCAAAUAGCGAUACGCAGCCCGGACGACUCCUACAGCCUGUUCUACCCCACGGACAAAAGAUCAGAAAGGCAUGCAGAGGAGGAAUUAGAUAGAGCCUUGAGGGACAUCCUGCGUCAGUUAACAGCGAGACAUUAUCUGCAUUCGCUGGUGACAAUACGCGCAGGCGAGGACAACAGCGUGGAAGAAGAGUCGGAGCCCUUAUCCAAGAGACACUCGGAUGGGAUCUUCACUGACAGCUACAGCCGCUAUAGGAAGCAAAUGGCCGUGCAGAAAUACCUGGCAGCCGUUCUGGGCAGAAGAGCCUCCAGACAUGUCUUAAUCAGUGUGUACGGGGCAGCAGCAGGGCAGGGGGGGGAGGAGGGGUGA